UCAUGGCGGACAAGAAAAACGAUUCAGGGAGUGACUCUGAGAGUACUGAAGAGCCUGUGGUUGGAAAUGUCAAUAAAUUUGCAGUAGUACCCCCUGGGUACUCCGGAAGACCAAAGAAGGGACAUCUUAUAUUUGAUGCUUGUUUUGAAAGUGGAAACCUGGGUCGUGUUGAUUACAUCACAGAAUAUGAAUAUGACCUCUUCAUCCGUCCGGACACUUGCAACCCAAGAUUUAGAGUCUGGUUUAAUUUCACUGUUGAAAACGUCAAGGCAGACCAGAGAGUGAUUUUCAAUGUGGUGAACUUCAGCAAAACCAAGUCCCUCUACAGAGAUGGCAUGUCUCCAGUUGUGAAGUCAACAGGCAGACCAAGAUGGGUUCGAAUACCUGCCAAACACGUCUAUUACUACCGAUGUCCCGAACACAGAAAAAACUAUGUCAUGUCAUUUGCAUUUUGUUUCGAUAAAGAUGAGGAUGUAUACCAGUUUUCCUACUGUUACCCUUACACGUAUACACGGUUACAGAACUACUUAGAUAACUUAGAAAAACGGAACAUGGAUUAUUUCCAGAGGGAGUUACUUUGUCUGAGUGUGCAACAACGAAGAUUAGAUCUGCUUGUCAUCACGAGUCCCGAAAAUCUCGAGCCUGAAGAGAAACAAAAGGUUGUUUUUAUAUCUGCCAGAGUCCACCCUGGAGAGACGCCAUCAUCGUUUUUAUGCCAAGGAAUCAUUGACUUCUUAAUAAGUAAUCACCCGAUAGCAAAAUCUCUACGAGACCACCUUGUAUUUAAGAUAGUGCCAAUGUUAAACCCAGAUGGAGUGUAUUUAGGAAACUAUAGGUGUUCAUUGAUGGGUUUUGAUCUGAAUCGUCACUGGACGGAACCGUCACCUUGGGCGCAUCCAACAUUGUACGCCUGCAAGAAUCUCCUAAUAGAAAUGGACCAAAAUGAGAAUGUGGAGAUUGACUUUUACAUUGAUAUACACGCUCACUCCACAUUGAUGAACGGUUUUAUGUACGGCAACAUCUACGACGACAUUGAAAGGUGCGAUCGCCAGGCCGUCUUCCCAAAACUCCUCGAUCAAAAUGCAGAAGAUUUCUCCGUUUCGAAUACGAGUUUCAACCGGGAUGCUGUAAAAGCGGGAACUGGAAGACGGACCCUUGGCGGAGUGUUGGAUGACAGUUCCUACUGCUACACACUGGAAGUCUCCUUCUUCAGUUAUCAGGCGCUUGGCCAAGCACUCCCUUACACCGAGGAGGCAUAUAUGAAAUUAGGACGAAAUGUUGCAAGGACCUUCCUGGACUACUACAAGUUGACUGGGUUCAUAUCCUCCAAGCCGACCAGUGGGAUGGUGCCCCAACCAGCCACACGGACCAGUUCCAUGCGCGAUCGAGACCCACGCAAUAACAAGGAACGUGCCGUGUCGGAACCGCCGCGCUACCCGAUGGAUGAAAGGAUGUACGAUCUUCGGAGAGGUAAUCCUCUUCCUCCAUUUGACCAGAUGUACGACUUGAGAACCAGCCACAUCGACCUCUCCACACACGUGCCCAACCUCGACAAUGGAUUCCAUAGCCAUCGGAGCCAGAUGGAGAACAACCCACCGCAGGGCCACCGGAUGCAGUACACCACCAAGGAUAAGAAAAGAUACUUGGAUAAAUUUUGAAGUGUUUGAGAAUCUCCAUGAUGAGGAAUUUCCUUCGAUUUAAAGGGAAACUAUUGAGGAGUGCAGCUAGGGGGUCAUUUGGUCAACUUCAGUAGACUAUCAUGCCUGUCAUUGGACUAGGUUCUGUUUCAAUCAGCUUUAAAUAUCAUAUUACUCAUACAAGCGUAUUUUGUUGUACUAUCUGAUGUGAGAGACCCCUACUGGCAACUUUGUGUACUUAAUCUUCCCAACCUGACUAGCUCCUAUUGACUCCCUUUAAUCUUGGGGAGAAUAUAGACAAUGAUAUAAGGUGGCAUUCUACUUUUAGCGUGUCACUUAUGCGUUCUCAACCAGGUGUUCCAAGGUACUGGUCGGAGUGACUUUCAUCGAGAUAAUCCAAACAAUAUAAUGCACACCCUCUUUCCAAAGAGACACGAUUGGAGCAAAGACCAAGAAAGAUACCACUCUCCCUGUUAAUCCCUGUGUCCAUCAUCUUGAGCCAUCAAUGGUUAACAUUUACCAACUGAUCUGACCAUGGCUAACAUUUACCAACUGAUCUGACAACAGGCACAUCAGAAUUUGGUGCUAUGGGGUCUACGGCUGGGACCAGAGCUUUCAAAUUUUUUAAAGGUGGAAUCGUAUGUGUUUUACCCAAAAUUCUCCAAGAUAAUAACUACCCACUGUGAUAUAUCAAUUUUAU